AUGAAGAAGAGAACAACUGUAGAUGGAGUUGUUGUUCUGAAGGAUUUUGCUGUAACAUUUGAGUGGCAGGCGGUUGUUGUUGUGGAGCUCUCGGAGGCAGGUUUUGUUGCAACAACUGCAGUGGAGAUUGUUGCAAUUGUGUCUGUUGUUGCUGUUGCUGCCUCUCAUGUUGACCUGGCUGUUGCUGUUUCUGGGCCUGCUGUCCCAGCUGUUGAGGCAGUUGCUGCAGCAAUGGCAGGUUUUGUGGUUCAGGAAGCUGCUGUUGCCUCUGCUGCUGGAGAUGGUUCACUGGUAUUUGCAACAAUGACUGUAAUUGCUGCUGUUGCUGCUGCUGGUGGUGUUGCUGCUGCAACUGUUGCUGUUGCUGUUGAUGCUGCAGCUGUUGGUGCUGUGGAUGUUGCAACUGUUGUUGCUGUUGAUGCUGCAGCUGUUGUUGUUGCUGUUGAUGCUGCAACUGUUGUUGUUGCUGUUGCAAAUGUUGCUGCUGAGGCCAAGACACAGGUGACUGUUGCAACUGGCUGA